UACAUAAUGGAACGGAGUGAAACCUGAGCCCCAUGUGAUUCUUGCGCGCCUCUGUUAGCUGCUGCUCACGAUAGAGCGGAACUUCAGAAUGAAUUCGUCCAUUGCAUACGCAGUCCUCCUGAUCGGUGUUUCAAUGGGCGUCAGUAAGGCAAUGAAGCCCAACAUCGUGUUGUUUCUAGCAGACGAUCUGGAUGUCGAGCUUGGUGGAAUGAAACCGCUUCUGAGGACGAGGCUGCUCCUGCAGGACGGUGGAAUGCAAUUUACAAAUGCUUAUGUGACGUCACCUCUAUGCUGUCCAAGUCGUGCGAGUAUCCUCACCGGUCGCUACAUCCACAACGUUCCGAUGCGAAAUAAUACUCUGACUGGAAACUGCAGCUCCAGAGCAUGGCAGCAGGGGCCAGAAAGGAACACGUUUGCCACCCGACUCAAGAACGGAGGGUACAAUACGUUUUACGCUGGAAAGUACUUGAAUCAAUACGGCCGACGCUCAGUAGGUGGGGUUCGGCACGUUCCUCCUGGGUGGGACGACUGGCAAGCUCUGGCUGGAAACUCUGUCUAUUAUGAUUACAAAUUGUCCAACAAUGGCAAGCUCGAACGCCAUGGAAGGGAUCCAGACAAGGACUACCUCACAGACGUCAUUUCCCAGAAGGCUACGGACUUUUUGCGAAGGAAUCAGAAUUCAUCUCGCCCGUUUUUCAUGUUCCUGGCCCCACCCGCUCCCCACCAGCCUUUUACACCACCUCAGCGGUACCGAAACCUCUUCAGCAACGUCAAUGCACCAAGAACGCCGAGUUUCAACACCUCCUGCAAUAAUACGAAGCAUUGGAUAGUGAGGCAAGCAAUACACCCUAUACCUGAAGCUGUCGGAGACUGGAUCGACGAAAGUUACAGAAACAGGUGGCGAACCUUGUUAGCUGUGGAUGACCUUGUAGCUGAGGUAAUGGGUGCUCUGACCGACCUCCAUAAGCUGGAAAACACCUUCGUGUUCUUCAUGUCGGACAAUGGCUAUCAUCUAGGACAAUUUUCACAACCUAAGGAUAAGCGGCAGCCGUACGAGACAGACAUCCAUGUUCCGCUCCUGGUCCGAGGUCCAGGAGUGCCACCAGGAAGUGUCCAAAAGGCAGUCGUUCUGAACAUCGACCUCGCGGCGACAUUCCUGGAUUUGGCUGGGAUACACCCUGAUCCAGACAUGGAUGGCAAAUCUUUCAAGUCUCUCCUUGCGAAUGGCGAGGCGCCUCCGUCUUGGACACAGAACUUUCUCGUUGAAUAUUUUGGUGAAGGCAGCAAGGGUCAGCGAGGAUGUCCACAUCGUGAAGGGCUUGAGGACUGCGAUCCCAGCAUAGAAUGCGAGUGCUCCGACUCAUGGAAUAACACCUACUUCUGCACACGAGUGAUCUCACAAACUGCAAAUACCAAAUUCUGCAUAUUCAUGGAUAACGAGCAAUUUGUCGAGAAGUAUGAUCUGGACGCUGACCCUUUUGAGCUGAACAAUAUAUACCCAAGUGAUGUGGACAGCCCGGUAACUAGGAUGCAUCUAAAGUGCACAGAGCGUCUUCGCACGUGUAGGGGACAACAAUGUACACUGCCGUGCUUAUAAGCAAGCACAUGCAGGCAGGAAAACUCAGGCGAUGGAAACAGAAGUGGCUCAAGAAACUUAGCAAAGCUGAUGUAGAACAUUACGUUACGCUUUCUGUUCCGAACGUCAUGACAUCUCUUGAACCUUUCAACAGAAGUGUUGGUGCAACCGCCACAGGUAACACACAACUGUACAGGGUGUUUCUUUUUUUAUAUACAGAUUUUUUAUUUAAAAACUAUAAGGGCUAUAGACAUCCUAUUUUCACUUCUAUCAUCUCUGGGCCGGCGGACGUUCUUGGCCAUCUGUUGCUCAACCGUCGAAUGGCUAA